AUGGCCACCAGCGAUGCGCCAAAGCUUCCGGAAAAGCGUUAUCUUCUCGUUUGGAUUCACGGCUUCAUGGGAUCGGACGAGAGCUUUGAUUCCUUCCCGUUGGACGUAUUGAGAUCCUUGCGCGAUAGUUAUGGUCUUGUUGGGAUAGAAGCACGGGUCUUUCCACAGUUUGAAACUCACGGUGAUCCAGAAAAGGCUGUCGUGAAACUCAUAAACUGGUUAUUACUACAUGCAACAACUGCCGAAUAUGAUGGUGUUUUGCUACUCGCACAUUCGAUGGGUGGACUCAUGGCCUGUGACGCAUAUAGACAACUAUAUAGAGUCAACACCAAAGCUAAAGUGCAAAGCAGGAGCGAAUGGCUCUUCGAUACAGCCAAGAACGCAGGCCAAUUCGUCCUUGAACGAGGAAUGGCCGUCGCCGAUGUAGUUCGCAUGCCAGUACGAUUGAUUGAACAUAUCAACGUCCCCAAAUUCGUUGACGAUAUAAAUAGAGAAAUGGAUUCCGACGAUAGAUGGGCUGAAGAGGGUGAAAUCCGAUUUCCGAUAAAAGUCGAGCAUGGCGACCUAGUGGUAUUGCAUGACUCAAAUACCACUGAGCCUGCCAUAUCAUUAGAGUCUACUAUAUCGGAAGCCCUUUCAUCCGGUGAAUGGAUGUUUGUACUAAGUCCAGAUGGUGACGAGUUUAGAAUGGUGCCUUGUAUCCGUGCUCAGAAUGACGGGGAUAUCUCGCCUACUCUAGUAUCGGAACAAAUCCAUGAGUUGAAACAAGCAUUGGGAGAUUAUGUGUAUAUAGUGAAAUUGGGUCAAAAUGGUAUAUUAAGACUAUGUAAAGCUGCUGAGAGACCACGGUUGAACGAAGAAGAGUUGACUCAAUGGUGGGCGAAUCUGUGGAAGCACGACGGUAACGGCAAUAAAAGCAAUACUAUCAGUGAACGUGCCGAAUCCAAGAAGCCAAACCCAGCUUCAUAUGGAAGAGCACCACCACCCUUACCUCGACGAGAAGAAGAUACAAAGACUCUUAGUAUCGAGACCACUAUGGCGAGUAGUGGCAACACCGAAACACCGCCUGAAAGUAGUCUUACACCAAUAACUGGCUUCACCGACGAUAUGGGCAGUGUCAGAUCAGAAUCAUCGAGAAUUGUCGACGUGAAUUCCAUCCAAGGUGAUAAAGAGACCAUGUUUUCAGCACCGCCAACUCCCAUACCUAGAGACUCGAUGGCUGGCUCGUCUAGACCAACAUCCAUGGCUGAUUCCUCUCGACGUACUUCUUAUGCUGAUUCAGCAAGACGAGCAGAUUCUAUUAGUGACCUGAAUCCUCGAGACCUCGUAAACAUUGUGGGCAUUGUAUGUUUCGACUCGCCUUUCUUUGGGCUUCACCGCGCAAUCUACCACAAAGCUGCAGGAGAGCGUAUUGUAUCAUUUGCUACUGAGGUUAUACCCUCUGCUGUGCGUGAGAUUCCAGGAGCUAUUCCCAGGGCUAUUGGUGAAAUGAUUCCUCAGAAGAUUGCAGGAUUCUCGAUGCCAUGGAAAUACACUGAAGUUAAUACUCCAGACGCCGUGGAAGUCGCCAAGGACGGAUUCUCAAUGGGCAAAGUCGUAACCUUGCCAGCUGAUGGUAGCGAUGCUAUAAUGAUUCGUGAUGAUCCAACAUGGAGGAAUUCAACAUCAUCACUUGGCAGUCGUCCAAUGUCUAGUGGUUCAUUGGAUGAACCAUCUGGACUACCACCACCACCAUUACCGAAACGUGCAUCAUUAGCUGAUGUUGCUGAAGAAAUCACUGGUAUUGAUAUAAUAGUGUCACCAACAUUAUCUUCAUCUUCAGCUUCGUCAUCCGCUGUACCAAGUAGUUCUUCACAGGUGCUUAUGGCAAAGGACACCGAUGGUGCUGUUAGACCUAUGCAGAGACUCCGUACGGCAGGAAACAACGUCAAGAAUGCAUUGGUUGCUUCAGGAAAAUCAAUGUGGUCUGAAACACGAGAAACAGUCGUCCACACCGACUGGAGGCCUAUAACGACUACUGUGCUCGGAGUAGGCGCAAUUGCUGGUGCAUCUGUUAUCGCUCCUGCGCUGGUCGGUGCUUCGAUUGGAACCGCUAUCGUGCAGAAAGUUGCCGUCAUAGUAGCAUUGAAAUACGGUGACGCAGCAAGAGCUCAUCUUCAAUUCUUGUAUCCAUUGUUUGGCGGAUCUUCGGAUCUGGCUAGUCGGAUAGAUGAUGUGAUUUUAGAGGUUGAGAACGGUCACCUCAAAGGAUUCCGUGUCUUCUUUGUCGAGUUGCCAGAAUCAGAAGGACCACCCAAAACAGUAGGAAAUCCGGCCCCUUCAAAAAUCGAUGCCAUUGUGCAAAAACAUAUGCACAAGACAGACAAACACCCAGCUGUCGCACCAGCAGCUCAAAGAAGGACAUUUGUUGCUACUCCACCACAGAAAUACGCACAUCUCUUCCGAUCUGUUGAGACCGAAUCCAAAGAUGAGAUACACGGCCAUAUGAAUAUGUUUAGUCGUGAAUUGAAUCCUGGACAUUAUUGGAAUUUGGUGAAUUCCUCGGCAGAAGAGAUUGCUCAGGUGUUGAGGAAAUCGGCACCUGUUGCUGCUUCGUAG